AUGUUUAGAGUUUUACAAAUUGGUUUGAAGUACGGGAUUGGAAAGACAACAUUGAUCCAGAAAGCCACUGAAGUCCUAAAAUCCUCUGGGGUCCCUAUUGAUGGAUUUUACACAGAGGAAGUCAGAGAAGGCGGCAGGAGGAUAGGAUUUGAUGUCAUCACUUUGUCUGGGAGACGAGGAACUUUAUCUAGACUUGGUUCUGAUUCUUCUACUGCAAGACGUGAAUAUCGUGUUGGACAAUACAUAGUAGACCUGGUUUCAUUUGAGCACUUGGUGCUUCCUGUGCUGAGAAAUGUCGAUCUUGGUAGUGACACAGGGAAAAAAGUGUACGUAAUAGAUGAGGUUGGUAAAAUGGAACUCUUCAGCCAGUCUUUUAUUCAAGCAGUUCGUCAAACUCUGACUGCUUCAGGGACCACAAUUCUUGGAACUAUACCAAUACCUAAAGGCAAGCCAUUGGGUCUCGUGGAGGAGAUAAGAAGUCGGAAGGAUGUUAAGGUGUUCAAUGUUUCUAAGGAAAAUAGAGACAACAUUUUGCAAGAUAUUGUAACAACUGUGCAGAAUUGCAGGAAAUGAAGACAAUUUCUUGUUUGUAACCAUAAGCUCUUAUAUAAGUAUAUUGGAGGGCCCAACCCUACUCAGGCCUGGGGCAACUUUACCAGUGUCUUCAAUAUGAGCAGGAUUGAGUGUGUAGCACUCUAAAAUGGGACAGUGGGCUUCCAUGUUUGUUUGUCAGUCGUUUACAUAUAAUUUACUCAGUUCACAAGGUUUUAAAAAAACUCAUCCUGGGAUCUGAAAGUCAAGCAAUAGUUUCUGAUGCCAAUUAUAGUAGCGCAAAUUCAAUUAACUAUUACAUUCAAUGGAACUAUUGAUUCAGCCCCUAAUCCUGCAACAUAUGGUGAGGGUAGUCUGCUGUGUCUACAGAGAAGCAUUAAAGUCAGUAGAGCUCUGCACAGGCCCCACAGUCCUCCUGCACACUACACAUUGCAGAACUGGGGGCUGACACCUGUGUAACAGAAUGUAGUCCGAGCAAAAUCUUGCACAAUCUGCUUUGUGCAUUAUCACCACCACUAACACUGACCCUGGGGUCCUACAGCAGUGUGCCUCAACUAACUCACCAAUAUGGUUCAGCUGGGUCAGCUUUAUGAAUGAUGAUGAAUAAAACAGAAUAGCUUGAUUCUCACGUCGCAGGAUAAGUAAACUGAGCAAAUGUGAUCUGAAAUCAUAAGACAAAUACAUGAUAUAACUGGACAAUUGUCAUUUACAGAGUUGAAUUUUAGGAAAAGAUUAACUUUAAGUUGCUUAGACAGUGCUUGAUAGGAAUGCUGCCUACUCUGUUUAUUUUUCACAUUUUCUUAUAGCCAAAAAAAGUCUUUAGGACCAUGGCUUUCUUAAUAAAAUCUUGACAGAUGUUUUUCAUAACAUGUUUAAAAUAUCAAGCAUUAGAUUUAAUGCUGCAUUUGACUAUCCAAGUUUAACAAUCCAUUAUGGCUUAUUGAAGCUUAACAAUUUCUGUUUAUUUCCUUUUGCAAUCCUGUGCAUGUUUUUUGGUUAAUGAUGAAACAAGAAAUGAGAGUAUUAGACAACAUAUAUCCCCAGGAGGUUUGUAAAUGUGUUUAGGAAAAAAGCAUUUACCACUUAAUCAGUCUUGCAUGUCAUAAACUAAAUUUCCAGCCAGGUGUACUUUUGUUCUCAUGCAGCUUAAAGAGUUUUCUACUUCAAAGAUUUAGGAAUGGAAAGGACUGAAUUCCUUCCUUUCUUGUGUGGAGUUUAACAAAUGUUAAAAUAAACAUGUUGGUUAAAGGCAUAUGGAAACCUGCCUUGUAGUUAGUCAUUUAUUUGUACACUAGUUCAUAGUUCUGCUCCAAUAGCAGAUCUAUGUGUAUUUAUAAAGCCAGGUUCUGACAGCCCUUUUGCAAGUGUACAAGAGGCUGUGGGAAAGCAUGCAAGGAGGAUCCUUCCUCUUCCCCAUACCCUGUGCAAGGGCCUGUUAGAAGUGAGUUCUGCUGUGGGCCACUGGAGGUGCACAUCACCCCCAGAGGGGUGGGGCUAAGGCCCUAUUCUUAAUAUGUACUAGAGAGGGAGAAUUCCCCCAGAGCUCCCUGUGGGCUUGUGCAGCUCUAUGCUACCCCAACAUAGGACUGUGCCUUAAAGCCAUAGUUGAUUCCUUAAUUAAACAUCAGAUGUCCACAUUAGCUAGGAACUGUGGACAACUCCAAGCUAUCGCUUAAAAUACUGCUAUUGGGUGAUCCAAUCUUAUCCAAGAGCAAAGCAUUUAGAUGUGCACCUUACCCUGAAGUUCAACAAAUACUGGUUUUGUCAGAGCACGGCAUGAGAGUGUAGUUUCUCCAUUGUGAAUAGCCAAGCCCUUGUCCUCGAGUGCUUGAAUCUAGGGAAUUGGUAGGUAUGUCUACACUGCAAUUAAAAACCUGUAUCUGGCUUGGGCUGUAGGACUGUUUAAUUUCAGUGUAGAUGUUUGGG